AACAGUUGUUGUCAAAUGUUGUGGCGCUACUGUAAAAUUCGAUUUUUAUUUUAUGCCCUAUUAAAAUGAGCUGGAGUAAUUAGUAAAUUUAUACAAAAUCUUUAAAAGAUGUAAUAAAUUGUUAAUAAACCGGUCGUUUUUGUUGUGGGAGCAAUUGGUUUUACUAUGUGAUAAUAUAAGGAAGUCACAAUGGAUGAAAAUAGCACAAUGACAUUCCAUUGUUUGGAAUUGUCUUCUUCAAUGUUCCAAAAGUUGUAUGAACAAAAAAAAUCUAACAGGUUUUGCGACUUGACUCUCUAUGUAAAUAAUAAGAUUAUAAAGGCUCAUCGUAACGUAUUAGCAUGUAGUUCACCAUAUUUUGACUCAAUUCUCAAACAUCAUAAAGUUAUUAGAGAACAAUUGUCGAUAACUUGUUUAGAUAGCGAAAUAUUUAACACAAUUUUAAAUUACAUGUACACAGGAGAAAUAACAAUAGAACAUACAAAUGUAGAGGAAUUACUGAAGUUAGCAGAUCAUUUUAUAUUAACAAAAGUUAUAGAGUACUGCAUUGAGUUUUUGGGGACUAAAUUAAAUCUAGAAAAUUGUUUGUUUACUUAUUUUUUAACUCAAAGGUUUAAACUCAAACACUUAGGCAAUAUUGUAGAGAAUUGGAUCACCAGUCAUAUAGAUGAGAUUUGUAAAGGCAAAGAAAUUAUUAAUUUGGACUCCAAUGAGCUACAGGAUUUUUUUAAGAACAAAAGCUUUAUAUUAUCCACAUCAAAAUCCCUGAUAGUAUUAUCCCAAUGGGUUUUAGCAGACAUUGAAAAAAGGGAAAAAGACUUUGACAAACUAGUAAAAUGUUUCCCAACAAAUAAUUUAGAACCUGCAGAGGUUUUCAAACACUUAGACACAAAUAUACUGUACUCUAAGAGUGAAUUGUGCUUAUACAGAUUUUUAGAUUACCUGGUAAUAAAUAACUGGAUGCUAAGCAAUUUUAAAACUAGAUAUGAUGUUUUACAAGUAAAAUACGGACAGAUUAUGCCUUCCACAACAAGAGAUCAAGAAACAAAUAAGUAUGACAAGAUAGUGGUGACGGAAAAAAACGAUUCAAACAGUACCGAAAACAAUUUCAGUUCCGUUUUGGUGAAGGCUAAAUUAAAAAACAGAAAACAACUCAUUUUAAAAAGACUGAUGCUGUUUGGUUUAAAACCAAGCUUAAGAAUGGCUGCCUUAAAAAUGUUAACUUGUAAGAAGAAAAAAAUCAGUUUGACUGAUGAAGAAGAAGAAGAAACAGAUGAAAAGGAAGGUGUCAAGUGCCCAAUAUGCUUUGCAACAAUAAAUGACAGUAUGUUGCUGGAACAACACUUGGCACUAAGUCAUGCUAAAGAUGUGACAUACAAAUGCGGCAUUUGCUCUUUUGUUUGUCAAUACCAUGGCGACUAUUUGAACCACAUGAAAACCCAUUUUACUGGACCCCCAUUCAAAUGUGACUACUGUGAUUUUAACUCAGAUCAGAUAGCAAAACUGAUAUCGCACAGAGCACAGCAUUUGGAAGAAUCGAUUUUUCAGUGCACGUUUUGCUCGUUCAAAUGCCGUAUAAAACAGAAUUACGUGGCCCACUUAAAAAUUCACAGCCCGGAAAAAACGUUCAAGUGCGAGCACUGCACGAAAUCUUUCAGGCUGAAGCAAAAUUUGGAUUCGCACACUCUGACUCACACGACGGAGAAAAAUUUGUCGUGUGAUUCGUGCGGGUUUCACACGAAGUAUUUGAGUCACAUGAUCGCGCACAAGAGGAUACAUGCUGACUUGAUCGCAGCGGACAUCUACCGGUGCUCGUACCCGCACUGCAAGUACACGACAUCGAAGAAAAACCAGCUGGCGAGCCACGCGAAAAGCCACAACGGCGUCAGGCCGCACACGUGCGGCGUCUGCGGCCGAGGGUUCAUGGAGAAGUCGCACCUGGUGCGACACGAGCGCAUCCACUUGGAGGAGAAGCCGUUCAAGUGUUCGAACUGCGAUUACGCCAGUUCGAGGCGGGAUAAGUUGAAGGAGCAUUUCACCAGGCAUCACGGGGAAAAUGCCUCAGCCAAGGUGCCGUACAAAGCGAGGCCGUUGAGGAAUAAUAGUUCCACCAGGCCUAAAUCACAGAGCUCUCAAGAAAGUACAACAACGACGAACAGUUCAAACAUAAACUUCACGCAAACCAAUAGCACAACCAGCGCCCCAGCAUCUCAACCAAUGGGAAGCGAGAUACAAGAUUUGAUUAUGCAUCACCAAAAUCAUUCUACAUCCACUGCUGCGGGCAAUUUGACCACCAUCAACUCCAACUACCACCAUUUCGCCGAGGGUGGCGAUUUUCAUCACCACAACCACGCGCACAACAUCCACAACCAAAUUUUAGCGUCGACGGGUCAUAACCAGCGCGCGGCCGCCCCCCACCACAACAACAAUCUAGUCAACACGCAUCACAUGCUGGCGCGCACGAAUCACUCCACGGCCACAUCGACGGCGGCCGCGGUAGCCGCCGCCAUGAUGCUGGAUCCCAGGUUCCACCACAAUUCAACGGUCCCAUAUCACCCUUCAACAACCCCAGUAUCAAUGGCAAUGGCAGCUGUUCAAUCUUCACAGCAAAUUCAGGCCUCUGGUCAGCACACUGAUUACCCACCUAGUCUACAAAAUUGCAUGACUUUAUUCUAGUCCGAUCUCAAUUUUUUGUGAUU